ACACCGCUAGGGGUUACACCUGGCGUCGUGUAUUGGUGAAUGCGUGGGUGUGUUUAUAUACAUAGAAUCAAUCUAACUGCCACGACGUGUCGCGAGGAAGUACCGUUACACGCGCUGUGUAUUCCAGGGCACAAUAUUGACACUCUAAAGUUGCUUGAUUGGCAGAAUGCACGUGAUUUAGCACUUUUAUAUAUGUUAGUAUCUGUUUAGUACGAUUCUAGUGCCUUAUAGUGAUGUCUAGUGUUGGUAUACUACAUUGGCACAAUGGGUAAGGAACGUUCGUCCGAGAAAAUCCAGGACGAUGUAUUGACUCCAACGCAGUAUACGGAGACGCCUAAGCGUAAGCGCAAGGACGUUAAAGUGAAGAUAGAGGAGGAAGCAACGCAGAACGAUGUGUUUAUUAAGCAGGAGGACCCUGCAUUGCCAGCGGUCCCGCUUAAGAAGGUUAAGAUUGAGCCCAUAUCGGUAAAGCCCAGGGUUAAAGCUGAGCCUCGGGAGAAGGGCGUGAUAACUGAGGACAUUGUUGAGCCUAUUGACCGUUGGUGGGAGAAGGUUGACAAUGAGUUUGAUUUGGCCAAGAUAAUGGAGUAUGAAAACCAGUCAUGUCACUGGGAGUAUCUUGAGCACAAUGGCAUGAUAUUUACUCCUGAGUACAAGCCACAUGGCAUACCUAUUAAAUUUAAGGGUGAGCCUAUUACUCUUACUCCCGAUUUAGAGGAGGUUGCUACAUUUUGGGCUCAAUCCAUUGGUACUAACUACGAGGAGAGUGAAAUUUACCGUCGUAAUUUUUGGAACACCUUCACUUCCAUGUUUCCUAAGGGCCACGUCAUUAGGAAAUCUAAGGCUACUUUGAAGGACUGUGACUUUUCUGAGAUUCGUGCUCAUUUGGACAUGGAGCGUGAGAAGAAGAAGGAGCAGAAGGAGUACUACAAAGCGUUGAAGGAGGAGACUGCUAAGAAGGAGCAUCCCUAUUGUUAUGCCUUGGUUGAUUGGAUCCGUGAGAAGGUGGGUUCCAAUCGCAUGGAACCUCCUGGUCUGUUUAAGGGUCGUGGCCUUCACCCUAAGCAGGGUCUUCUCAAGGGUCGUACAUUCCCUCACAGUGUUGUCCUUAAUCUAUCUAAGGACGCCCCUGUUCCCAAGGUAUCAAUGUUUGAGCGUCAGGGUCAUGGUUGGUCCGAUAUAUUCCAUGAUAGCUCCGUUACCUGGUUGGCCUACUACCGUGACACUGUUAAUGACCAGACCAAAUACAUGUAUCCAGCAGCUCAAUCUAAGUUCAAGGGUUUGCAUGAUUUUUUGAAGUACAGUAAGGCCAGGGAACUGAAGAAGCACAUUAUGAAGAUUCGUAAGGACUACCACGGCAAGAUGCGAUCCCCUGAGAUUGUCGAUCGCCAGUUGGGUACUGCUACGUACUUGAUUGACUUUUUAGCUCUUAGGGUAGGUGGUGAGAAGGAUGCUGACGAGGCUGACACUGUUGGCUGCUGCAGUCUUCGUGUGGAGCACAUUAAAUUUGACCGUAAGCCUAAUACCAUAACUCUUGAUUUCUUGGGUAAGGAUUCCAUUCGUUACUUCCACACUGUUACUUUGGACGAGGUUGCGUGCCGCAACUUAUCCGAAUUCUGCAAGAAGAAACCUACUGAGGACAUUUUCGACAAGAUCAAUACCGUGAAACUGAACGACUACUUGAAGGACCUUAUGACAGGUCUUACUGCUAAGGUUUUCAGGACCUACAAUGCUUCGAUAACUCUAUGUCGGCAGUUGCGCAGGCUCAAAGUCCGCAAAUCACUUGACAGCUCGUUGAUGUUACAACCCGGCAAGAGUGACGACGACCUUGACAAGCCUGUCUUGGUUGACGUCACUGACGUCAAUGAGCUCAUCAGUUUCUACAAUGAAGCUAACCGUAGGGUUGCCAUUUUGUGUAACCAUCAGCGCAGUAUCCCUAAACAGCACGAGAGUUCAAUGUCUAAGAUGCAGGCUCAGGCUGAGCUCAUCUCAGAGGAGAUUGCUGAGCUCCAGGCUUACAUGAAAUACCUCGAAUCCAACCAGACGAAACCGUUUACGUUUGAAUCUCGUACAGUGGAUGCUAAGGGCAACCCUCGGAAGGCUGCUACUCGCCAAGGCAUGAAACUCGAGGCAUGCCAGAAAAAGCUAGAGACUGCGAUGAAGCGCAGCAAGGUUCACGCCAUUAAGAUGCGUAUAAAGGAUGACAACAAGACAGUUGCUCUGGGUACUUCUAAGAUAAACUACAUGGACCCUAGGAUAACUGUGGCCUUUUGUAAGCGGUACGAAGUACCGAUUGAGAAGAUAUUUAACAAGAGUCUGCGGACAAAGUUUCCGUGGGCUAUGUACGCCGGUGCUGACUAUAUAUUCUAGACGUAUAGUAGCACGUAGGCAUGUUCCUGUAUUCCGCUGUUUGC